CUACAGCCCUGUACCGGAGAGUUACUCUUCGGCCGUGUACGAUCCCGCACCCUAUCGUACAGUUUUGAUCUGUUGGUGGGAAAUAAGGACAAUUCGAAUUAGACAUGGCGGAGAAAAGCUCGAAGACCAUGCAAAUUGUUGCCACCAUGGCAGGUAAUCUCUUCCUGGUGGCUGUUGGGACCAUGAUGGGGUGGUCUAGUCCAAUUUUGCCAAAGUUACAAGUUGACCCAAUUGCUGAUGACAACCCUUUAGGAAUAGUAGUUUCUUCUGAACAAGGUUCCUGGAUUGGAUCGUUGGUAGCUUUUGGUGCGAUAUUUGGCAGUAUCAUCGCUGGAGUUUUAGGAGAGAAAUAUGGACGAAAGAGGGCAUUGCUCUUAGGUGCGGUACCGUCUGUAGUCGGUUGGAUACUGAUUGGCACUGCUACUUCUAUUUAUCAGAUUUAUGUAGCCCGUGCGAGCUUUGGUUUGUCCGUCGGAUUGGCCUUUACAGUUUUACCAAUGUACGUUGGUGAAAUAGCUGAGAAAUCAAUCAGAGGUACCCUGUCAUCUUUGAUUCAAUUUUUCGUCGCUGUUGGUCUCUUGUACGCUUAUUCCAUCGGACCCUACAUUUCUUAUACGCUCUUCUGGAUUUUGUGCAUCCUCAUCCCUAUUCUCUUCUUUGUGUCCUUCGUUACAAUGCCUGAAAGUCCUUAUUAUCUUCUGAUUAAGGGACGCAAUGAAGAGGCCAGUCAGUCCUUGGCGAGAUUACGUGGACAGAGUACAGCUGGAGUACAAAAAGAAAUUGAUGAGUUGCAGGUCAUUAUCGAGGAGGCCUACCGGAACCAAGGAUCGUACGUUGACCUUUUUAGAGUCGUAGCCAAUCGCAAAGCUCUUAUUAUGACCUGUGCACUUAUGUUCUUCCAACAAUUUACUGGCAUCAACGUUGUCAAUUUUUAUGCCGAGAGUAUAUUCCGGAGCACCGGAACUGAUCUCAGUGGGUCCAUCUCGACCAUCAUCAUCUCCAGUGUACAAUUACUCUCUUCCAUUGUCACUCCGUUACUGGCUGACAGGCUUGGAAGAAAAAUUCUACUGAUCUCUUCCGGUGUCGGUUCAGCCUUGACUCUGAGUGCUCUGGGACUCUUCUUUUACAUGAAAAAUGUCAUGAACAUGGAUGUCAGCGAUCUCUCCUGGCUUCCAGUGGUAUCCAUUGUCAUUUACAUGGCGGUAUACACCAUCGGUUGGGGUCCAUUGCCAUGGACCGUGAUGGGUGAAAUGUUUGCCUCCGACGUCAAAUCCAAAGCUUCCGGUAUCUCAUCUUGCUUUUGCUGGUCACUUGGAUUCUUGAUAACCAAAUUCUUCACGAAUAUCGAAACUGCUUUUGGUACACACUCUGCAUUUUGGAUGUUCGGUGUCUGCUCCCUCUUCAGUGCCGUCUUCGUACUUACUAUUCUGCCUGAAACUAAGGGCAAGAGUCUUCAAGAAAUUCAGGAUGAGCUCAGUGGCGUUCGAUCGAGUCACCUUAGCCAGGACGCUUCGAGUUCCACGAAGAAGUGAGAGGAAGUGAAGAAAAUUAUUAGGAAAAUGAAAAUUGCCAAAAUGAAGUAUCGCUUCCGAUUGAGAAAUUAUUUUCGAGAUUUUACAAGUGUCACUGGAAAAUAAAUCUCUAACGAUUUUAUCAUUAUUUCAAGACUUCCGGUUUAACGGGACAAUGCUGAUCAGGACCUGGAAAGAAUUUUUGUAUCAGGUAUCGUUUUUAUGGUAUAACUUUGUACUUCCUCGCGAGUAAGAGACUAGUCAUUUGCCUCGAUUUUUCUUUCAAAAAUCGGAAUCCGACGACUUUCGAUUUUACAAGGCUGUAUUUAUUGUGAUUUUUAGUGCCUUGAUAAGAUUGAGAUUCUUAAUUAACUUUGUUGACGGUAUCUCAACCAGAGUAAUUAAGUUUCGCACCUGCCAUCGCGAUUAGCGAUUCUCGUAUCAGAUCAUGUCGAAUAGAACGAUCGUACAUUGUUUUAGAUAAUUUAAGAUUAAAAAUAUUUUUGGCAUUGAUCUCAUUUGUCAAAAUAUGUUUUGUAAGACCACCGAACGUUUGCUCGAAAUAUUUUUUGUUUAAAAAAUUUCGAGCAAUUGUAGCUAAAUGUAAAUUCGCAUCUCUCGCUUGUUUUCAUGUAUUAAGUCUUAUUGAUUAUCAUGUACAUUUAAUUGUUGUACUUUUAGGUGUCAUCCAAGAAGUAUACAUACAGAUGCAUUUGAUAAAUUUCUAUUAUUUUUCAUUAUUAUAAGAGAAAGAGAGAGAAAUGAAGUCUAUGUUAAAAAUCAAUUUAAAUUUAUAUAAGUUUUUUCAUGUAAGACAAGUGUACAUAAAUGAACUUUUGUAUAUACUUAUUAGCUUAUAAUAAACAAGAAUAAGCUUCA